AUGAUUAUUGCAAGUUUUACUGGCCAGCUUCGUGGCUGGUGGGAUAAUUAUUUAAGUACUGAAGAAAAGGCGAUGGUUAUUAAUGCAAUAGCCACUGACGAAGGAGUCGAUAACUUAGGCAUGGCUCUAGUGAAAAAUAGAGAAGAUGCUGUUUACACCCUUGUUCUUACCAUAUUAGAACAUUUCAAUUGUAGAUUUACCAAUCAGAACGAGACUGUCCGUACUCUGCUAAAUGGCCUUAGAUGUAGGACCUUAAGCGAGUUUAGAUGGUAUAAGGAUACUUUUAUGAGUAGAGUAAUGGAAUUACUCGAAAAUAAACAACUUAAGAUAGAUAAGCUUAAGGAAAAAUCACAAUUAGGAGACUUUUGCACCCAGUUCGGUUUACCCAAAACUUCUGCUCAUAGAGAGAAAAAGAAAAAUAGGUAUCAUAACCCAGACAAUCCUUAUAAGAAAAAGAGAUCAAGAUAUAGAUCCAAAGAAGAGCGUGAUGCUAGGAAAGCUCAUCGCAAGUCUACUAGAUUUACGAAAAAUAGGUCUAAGCGAGAUCUUGCUGAUAUUAAGUGUUAUAAAUGUGGAAAAUUUGGCCAUAUAGCUCCAAAUU